CCUUGCUCUCUUCUUCCUUUUGGCCUUUUUGGGGGUCUCUCGGGGGUCCCAGAUGGGGGUCCAAGGGCCCCCCGAGGAUGGAGAGCCUUAGAGAAGAAGAAGGAGGAAAAGGAAGAGAAGGAGGAGACUCAGAAGAGCAGCAGAAGAAGAAGAAGAGGAGGAGGAGGAGGCGGAUGCGCCUUAAGCGUCUCCCAUGGGCCUGAUCAAUCCACAGCGAAAGCCAUGGGAUUUUGCGCGAAGAAGCAGCCCCCCGAGGAGGAAAGGCGGGUGAAGGCCAACGCCAGGGAAUACAACGAGAAGUUCCAGUAUGCGAGCAACUGCAUCAAGACCUCCAAGUACAACGUGGUCACCUUCCUGCCCAUCAACCUCUUUGAGCAGUUCCAGGAAGUGGCCAACACUUACUUCCUCUUCCUCCUCAUCCUCCAGCUGAUUCCGCAGAUCUCCUCCCUCUCCUGGUUCACCACCAUUGUGCCUUUGGUCCUCGUUCUGACCAUCACGGCGGUCAAGGACGCCACCGACGACUACUUUCGCCACAAGAGCGACAACCAGGUGAACAACCGCCAAUCGCAAGUGCUGAUCAAUGGGAUCCUCCAGCAGGAGCAGUGGAUGAACGUCCGAGUCGGGGACAUCAUCAAGUUGGAGAACAACCAGUUUGUGGCCGCCGACCUGCUCCUCCUCUCCAGCAGCGAACCCCACGGGCUCUGCUACAUCGAGACCUCCGAACUGGACGGGGAGACAAACAUGAAGGUGCGCCAGGCCACCCCGGUGACAUCGGAACUGAGCGACACCAGCCGGCUGGCCCACUUUGACGGGGAGGUGGUCUGCGAGCCGCCCAACAACAAGCUGGACAAGUUUGGAGGGACGCUCUACUGGAAGGAGUGCAAGCACGCCUUGAGCAACCAGAACAUGCUGCUGCGCGGCUGCGUCCUGCGCAACACCGAGUGGUGCUUUGGCCUGGUGGUCUUCGCAGGGCCAGACACCAAGCUGAUGCAGAACAGCGGGCGCACGAAGUUCAAGCGCACGAGCAUCGACCGUCUGAUGAACACGCUGGUGCUCUGGAUCUUUGGCUUCCUGGUCUGCAUGGGGGUGAUCCUGGCCAUCGGGAACUCCAUCUGGGAGCACGAGGUGGGCGCCUGCUUCCAGGUCUUCCUCCCGUGGGACGCGGCCGUCGACAGCGCCGUCUUCUCCGGCUUCCUCUCCUUCUGGUCCUACAUCAUCAUCCUCAACACCGUCGUCCCCAUCUCCCUCUACGUCAGCGUGGAGGUCAUCCGACUGGGCCACAGCUACUUCAUCAACUGGGACAAGAAGAUGUACUGCGUGAAGCGAUGCACCCCGGCAGAGGCCCGGACCACCACUUUGAACGAGGAGCUGGGCCAAGUGGAGUACAUCUUCUCCGACAAGACCGGCACCCUCACCCAGAACAUCAUGGUCUUCAGCAAGUGCUCUGUGAAUGGCCGCAGCUACGGUGACGUUUUGGACGUCCUGGGAUACAAAGCAGAGCUCGGAGAGAAGGCGGAACCGGUGGACUUCUCCUUCAACCCGCUGGCGGACCCCACCUUCACCUUUUGGGACUCGGGCCUUUUGGAGGCGGUCAAGCUGGGCGACCCCCAGGUCCACGAGUUCUUCCGCCUGCUCUCCCUCUGCCACACCGUCAUGUCCGAAGAGAAGAACCCAGGGGAGCUGUACUACAAAGCCCAGUCUCCGGACGAAGGGGCGCUGGUGACGGCCGCCCGCAACUUUGGCUUCGUGUUCCGGGGCCGGACCCCCAAGACCAUCACGGUGCAGGAACUGGGCCGCCCCGUCACCUACCAGCUCCUCGCCAUCCUCGACUUCAACAACGUCCGCAAGCGCAUGUCCGUCAUCGUGCGGAACCACGAGGGCCAGAUCCGCCUCUACUGCAAGGGCGCCGACACCAUUUUGCUGGAGAGGCUCCACCCGGGGAACCAGGAGCUCUACAACGUCACCACCGACCACCUGAAUGAAUAUGCCGGGGAGGGUCUCCGGACGCUGGUGCUGGCCUUCCGCGACCUGGAGGAGGGCUAUUACUCCGAGUGGGCCAAGCGCCUGCAACGGGCCAGCGCGUCCAGCGAAGGGCGCGAGGAGAGGCUGGCCCAGCUCUACGAGGAAGUGGAGAACGAGAUGGUGCUGUUGGGCGCCACGGCCAUCGAAGACAAGCUGCAGCAGGGCGUCCCGGAGACCAUUGCACUGCUGACGCUGGCCAACAUCAAGAUCUGGGUCCUGACGGGGGACAAGCAAGAGACGGCGGUCAACAUCGGCUACUCCUGCAAGAUGCUGACGGACGAAAUGGCCGAGGUCUUCGUCAUCACUGGCCACACCGUCCUGGAAGUGCGGCAGGAGCUGCGGAAGGCCAGGGAGAAGCUGAUGGACUCCUCCUCGCGCAGCCUGGGCAACGGCUUUGUCUUCCAGGAAAAGCUCUCCGCCUCGAAGCUGACCUCCGUCCUGGAAGCCGUGGCCGGAGAGUACGCCCUGGUCAUCAACGGCCACAGCCUGGCGCACGCGCUGGAGGCGGACAUGGAGCUGGAGUUCCUGGAGACGGCCUGCGCCUGCAAAGCGGUCAUCUGCUGCCGGGUGACCCCCCUGCAGAAGGCCCAGGUGGUGGAGCUGGUCAAGAAGCACAAGAAGGCCGUCACCCUGGCCAUCGGGGACGGGGCCAACGACGUCAGCAUGAUCAAGACGGCCCACAUCGGGGUGGGCAUCAGCGGGCAGGAGGGCAUCCAGGCGGUGCUGGCCUCGGACUACUCCUUCUCCCAGUUCAAGUUCCUGCAGCGGCUGCUCCUGGUCCACGGGCGCUGGUCCUACCUGCGCAUGUGCAAGUUCCUCUGCUACUUCUUCUACAAGAACUUCGCCUUCACCAUGGUGCACUUCUGGUUCGGGUUCUUCUGCGGGUUCUCCGCUCAGACCGUCUACGACCAGUACUUCAUCACGCUCUACAACAUCGUGUACACCUCGCUACCUGUGCUUGCCAUGGGGGUCUUUGACCAGGACGUGCCCGAGCAGCGCAGCCUGGAGUACCCUAAGCUCUACGAGCCGGGCCAGCUGAACCUGCUCUUCAACAAGCGGGAGUUCUUCAUCUGCAUCGCGCAGGGCAUCUUCACCUCCGUCUUCAUGUUCUUCCUCCCGUACGGGGUCUUCAGCGACGAUGCCCUCCUGGCCGACUACCAGUCCUUCGCCGUCACCGUGGCCACCGCCCUGGUCAUUGUGGUCAGCGUGCAGAUCGGGCUGGACACGGGCUUCUGGACGGCCAUCAACCACUUCUUCAUCUGGGGCAGCCUGGCCGCCUACUUCGCCAUCCUCUUCGCCAUGCACAGCGACGGACUCUUCCAGCUCUUCCCCAACCAGUUCCGCUUCGUGGGCAAUGCCCAGAACACGCUGGCCCAGCCGGCCGUCUGGCUGACCAUCGCACUGACCACCGUGGUCUGCAUCGUGCCGGUGGUGGCCGUCCGCUUCCUCAAGCUGGACCUCAAACCCGAGCUUUCUGAUACGGUGCGCUACACGCAGCUGGUGCGCAAGAAGCAGAAGGCGCAGCACCGGUGCAUGGGCCGGGUGGGCCGGCCGGGGUCUCGCCGCUCGGGCUACGCCUUCUCGCACCAGGAGGGCUUCGGGGAGCUCAUCAUGUCCGGCAAGAACAUGCGCCUCAGCUCCCUGGCCCUCUCCAGCUUCGGCGGGCGCACCAGCGCCAGCUGGAUCGAGACCCUGCGCAAGAAGAAGGGCGACGGCAGUGGCGGCAGCGUCACCAGCAGCCCCAGCGGCGGAGACAAGGCCCUCAAAGUGUGAGCCUCGCGCCCAAGCGCAUGGACGAACGGGCGAAGGAACACGGCCCCAGAGUGGGCCAUGCAGGCGCAUCACCUCCCAGGCGGAUCGGGGCCCCAAUACCCCUGAAUGACCGCCGGAGGUGGAAAAAAGUCCGGGAUCAACGUCCCGACGGAAGCCGGACCGAGGGGACUCGGAACUGUUGUGUGCAAGGGAUCUUUUUUAUAUAUAUAGAUAUAUAUAUAUAUAAACAUACAUAUUAGAGAUAUACAGGCCGUCCCCGAGUUACAAACAUCCGACUCACAGUUAAGGACAGGGCUGGACUGGGUGGCCUUUGGGGGUCCUGAUUCUGCCUUUUCGCCGUCACCCACACUUGUCUUUUUAUACAUAUAUAUAUAUAUAUCUACAGUAUAUAUAUUAUCGAUAUCUAUAUUAGAGAGAGAUCUAUAAGGACAAUCCACGUUUACACAAAGCGGAAGAGGACGCCGCCGCUGCGUUCUUCUCCUGCUGCUCGGAGGGUCGGCACAACGGCCGCGGGAAGGGAAGAGGAAACCGGGACGCUCCGGACAACCUUCCCGGCCGUGGAGCCCGAAACUCAGACCGGGCCGAGCGAAGGAGAACGACAAGAAGAAGAAGAAUAUAUUUUUAUAUCUACCUGCCGGAUUUGGGCUUGCGAGCUCGACCCUCCCCGACUCCCUUACAGGUCGAUCGUGGCAGGAUCCGGAAACUCUAGCCCUUUCCUUCCUCUCUUCCCUUUUUCUCUUCCCAUCCAUUCUUUCCUUCCUUCCUUCCUUCCUUCCUUCCUUCUUUCCUUC